AGGCCCCCACCCACAACUUGAGCUUAUGCAUGCUUGCAACCAACGUUGCUGGGAGUGAUUGACAGUGGAUCGUUUCACAAAAAACACACACCAAAGCCGGGUUCUCAGACUUGUAGUUUCUCACGUGUGUGGUUACACUUUGGCAAAAUCUCCAGCGGUGCUCAUAGGCCAUAAACUCACUGCAAUGGAGGAAGGAUCGCUUAUAUUCAAGAACGUGUCCUUCUCACUUCCAGCCGGCGGCGCAAUGCUUGUGCAGGGCGCCAAUGGAGCUGGCAAAACAUCACUACUGGACAUGAUUGUCGGCGAUUUGCCGCCAGUGGCGGGACGACUGAUAUGGGAUUCCGUCCUCUGCGAUUCUGGUGGUUUGCAACUCAAGCGCUGGGAAGCAGAGCGAUUUUGCUGGUUUGAGGAUCCUGGGUUGCCGCAAAUCACACCAAACAUUACAGUGCAGCAGCAAAUCGAGCUGUUCUCCAUCAAUAGCAACACACAUUAUAGUGCGACACAUGUGCUCAAGCUCAUGCGCCUCUGGGAAUUGCGGGAUCUCAUGACCAACAUUUUGUCAACGGGCCAACGCAAGCGCCUGGCACUAAGCAGGUUGGCACUAGUUGCUCGCCCCGUGUGGCUAUUAGACGAACCAACGUUAGGACUCGAUACGCAAUCCAUUGCCUUGCUAGAGGCCAUGAUUCGCGACCAUCGCCAGCGCGGUGGCAUGCUGAUCAUCGCCUCCCAUGCCGACAUUGCUCUCGAAAAUGCCGUGUCCUUACGCAUGUAGAGGAACCUCCCCCCCCAGUUGUUUUCAAUCACAAAACGCGAGCGAUGUUGAAUUUGUG